AUGAGCACUGACUUUUCCACUCCGGUGGCUGUGGAGAUGUGCUAUGAGAACCUGAAUGAAUCCUGUAUCAAGACUUCCUACUCACCCGUCCCCCGUCUGAUUCUCUACACAGUAUUUGGCUUCGGAGUUGUGCUGACUGUAUUCGGAAACCUCAUGGUAAUGAUUUCAGUUUUUUAUUUUAAGCAGCUGCAUUCUCCAGCCAAUUCUUUGAUUGCUUCUCUGGCCUGUGCUGACUUCCUGGUAGGUGUGACUGUGAUGCCUUUCAGCACUGUGAGAUCUGUGGAGAGCUGCUGGUACUUUGGGCAGAGUUAUUGUAAAUUUCACUCUUGCUUUGAAGGAUCUUUCUGUUAUGCUUCUAUCUACCACUUGUGUUUCAUUUCUUUAGACAGAUACAUUGCCGUCACUGACCCUCUGGUCUAUCCAAUCAGGUUUACCGCAUUUGUUUCUGGCUUGUGCAUUGCCUUCUCCUGGCUCUUUUCCAUUAUUUACAGUUUUUUCCUUCUAGGCACAGGGGCAAACGAAGUUGGGCUGGAGCAACUAGUAAGUGCUCUCACUUGUGUGGGAGGGUGUCAAAUUGCAGUGAAUCAAAAUUGGGUAAUGAUAAACUUUUUGGUCUUUAUCAUUCCCACACUUGUGAUGAUAAUAGUUUACUCCAGAAUCUUUCUCAUUGCUAAACAGCAGGCUAGAAAAAUUGAAGGUAUGGGCAACAAAACUGAGAAUGCAGCAGACAGGUACAAAGAAAAAGUGGCCAAGAGGGAAAGAAAAGCUGCAAAAACUUUGGGAAUUGCAGUGAUGGCCUUUUUGAUUUCAUGGUUGCCCUAUUUCAUUGAUUCAGUAAUUGAUGCCUUCUUAGGCUUUAUUACACCCACAUAUAUUUAUGAAAUACUGGUUUGGUUUGCUUACUAUAACUCAGCAAUGAACCCUUUAAUUUAUGCUUUCUUUUAUCCUUGGUUUCGAAAAGCCGUCAAACUAAUUGUCACUGGUGGAAUCUUGAAAGAGAAUUCCUCAAGCAUAAAUUUGUUUCCUGAGUAG